AUGAAGGACCUUGGCAAGUUAAAGUAUCUCUUGGGUAUUGAAGUUUCUCGGGGUCCAGAUGGGUUUUGUCUCUCGCACCGUAAGUACACCCUUGAUAUCAUCACUGAAGCAGGGAUGCUGGGAGCAACACCAUCGUCAGUUCCUAUCGAGCUUAAACACAAGCUUGCUUCGGUAACAUGUCAUGUGUUCGAAAACCCAGAACAAUAUCAUCAUCUUGUUGGUCGCUUCAUCUACUUAACAAGCACGCGACCUGAUCUGAGCUAUUUAGUUCACAUUCUUUCACAGUUUAUGAAAACUCCUUUACUUGCGCAUUGGGAAGCUGCUUUGCGUUUGGUCAGAUAUCUAAAGGGGUCAUCAUCCCAAGGAAUUUUUCUUCGUUCAGAUAGUGACUUAACGAUAACAGCCUAUUGCGACUCAGACUGGGCUUCCUGUCCGCUUACACGACGAUCUCUCUCAGCCUAUAUCAUCUACUUAGGUCACUCUCCGAUCUCCUGGAAGACUAAGAAGCAAAAGACAGUUUCUUGUUCUUCUGCUGAAGCAGUACCUUGCGUGAAAUAA